UCAACUAGUUGCACACACAAACAACGACGACAACAACUUCGAUAAACUAGCAGGCAAAAGCAGCUAGUUUCGACGGCAUGGCCCGAGGGACGUCGACGACGGCGUUGCUUCUGGGGCUGUUCCUCGUGGGGUUUCUGGUGGCUCCGUCGGCCGCGGCGGCGGACUCGAAGGGGGAUCAGCAGCCGGCGAACAAGGCGUCUGGCGGUCCGGUGAUCGGCAUCGACCUGGGCACGACCUACUCGUGCGUGGGCGUGUACCGGAACGGCCACGUGGAGAUCAUUGCCAACGACCAAGGCAACCGCAUCACCCCCUCCUGGGUCGCCUUCACCGACUCCGGCGAGCGCCUCAUCGGCGAGGCCGCCAAGAACCAGGCCGCCUCCAACCCCCUCCGCACCAUCUACGACGCCAAGCGCCUCAUCGGCCGACAGUACGGCGACGCGGAGGUGCACAAGGACAUGAAGCACCUGCCGUACAAGAUCGUGGAGAAGCGCGGGAAGCCGCACAUGGAGGUUGAGGUGAAGGACGGCGACGUGCGGACGCUGAGCCCGGAGGAGGUGAGCGCCAUGGUGCUGACGCGGAUGAAGGAGACGGCGGAGGCGUUCCUGGGGGAACCGGUGAAGGACGCCGUGAUCACCAUCCCGGCCUACUUCAACGACGCGCAGCGCCAGGCCACCAAGGACGCCGGCGCCAUCGCCGGCCUCAACGUCGUCCGCCUCAUCAACGAGCCCACCGCCGCCGCCAUCGCCUACGGCCUCGACAACAAGGCCAAGGACGCCAAGGAGGAGAGGAACGUGCUCGUCUUCGACCUCGGCGGCGGCACCUUCGACGUCAGCGUGCUCACCAUCGACAACGGCGUCUUCGAGGUGCUGGCCACCAACGGCGACACCCACCUCGGCGGCGAGGACUUCGACCACCGCCUCAUGGACUACCUCGUCAAGCUUGUCAAGCGCAAGCACGGCAAGGACGUCUCCCACGACGCCCGCGCGCUGGGGAAGCUCCGGCGCGAGUGCGAGCGCGCCAAGCGCGCGCUCAGCAGCCAGCACCAGGUCCGGGUGGAGAUCGAGUCGCUCUUCGACGGCGUCGACCUGUCGGAGCCGCUCACCAGGGCCCGGUUCGAGGAGCUCAACUCGGACCUCUUCCGCAAGACGAUGACCCCCGUCAAGAAGGCCAUGGCGGACGCCGGGCUCGCCAAGGGCGACAUCCACGAGGUCGUGUUAGUCGGCGGCAGCACCCGGAUCCCCAAGAUCCAGCAGUUCCUCAAGGACUACUUCGACGGCAAGGAGCCCAGCAAAGGCGUCAACCCUGACGAGGCCGUGGCGUACGGCGCGGCCGUGCAGGGGAGCAUCGUGCGUGGGGACAACGCCGAGAAGCUCGUGGUGCUCGACGUGACGCCGCUCACGCUCGGCAUCGAGACGGCCGGCGGCGUCAUGACGCCCCUGAUCCCGCGCGGCACGGUGAUCCCCACGAGGAAGACCAAGACGUUCACCACGUACCAGGACCGGCAGACCACGGUGAGCGUCGUGGUGUUCGAGGGCGAGCGGAGCAUGACCAAGGACAACAAGCAGCUCGGCAAGUUCGACCUGACCGGCAUCGCGCCGGCGCCCCGGGGCACGCCGCAGAUCGAGGUCACCUUCGAGGUGGACGUCAAUGGCAUCCUCCAUGUUAAGGCGGCGGACAAGGGCACGGGUAAGUCGGAGAAGAUCCAGAUCACGAGCGCCGCCGACCGCCGGAUCACGCAGGAGGAGAUCGACCGGAUGGUGCGCGAGGCGGAGGAGUUCGCCGAGGAGGACAGGAAGGUGAGGGAGAGGGUCGACGCGAGGAACAGGAUGGAGGCGUACGUGUACCACGUCCGGACCACGGUGGACGGCGAGGCUGGGCAAGGGAUGGACGGCGGGGAUAAGGAGAGGGUCCGGGAGGCGGCCAGGGAGGCCAGCGAGUGGAUCGACGAGAACCCGGAAGCGGAUAAGGAUGAGUACGUGGAGAAGCUCAAGGAGCUCGAGGACCUCUGCAACCCUGUCUUCGCCGCCGCGGACUCCCACAAGUCCGGUGGCGGGCAUGACGAAGCCGAGGAAGACGACCACGACGAGCUUUAGUUUUUUUUCCCUGUUCUUAUAUAUUUGUAGCUUAGUAAUAACAUUAGAUUUGAAUUACGUACUGGACUGACCAAUGCCCAAGGUCACUCUUAGUGUCAAGUGUUUGGCUGCCUGACUUAUAUAGACGGUAUUCAUGCA